UCUAAGUGGGGCUUAUAAAAAGAAUACCCGCCUCAUGCCUGUCAGAGUCCCUUAGAGAAGAGAUGGGCUCCAUCAUGGCAUUCCUCUUGUUCACCUGUGGUCUCUUACCAUUGUUGACUGAAGCUACGGUUGAUCAUCCCUGUGUCUUCCCAUUUAUUUACAAGAAUAAAUCCUAUUCCUCUUGCACCAAGGAUGACCAUCAUGAACUGUGGUGUGCCACAUCGACUGACCAUGGCACAAAAAACAUGUUACAAUGGAAAGCAUGUUCCCCUAAAGAGUAUGGAGGUAAUGAUGGUGGACGAGCCUGUGUCUUCCCCUAUGCGUACAAGAACCAAACCUUCUAUACCUGCACCAAUCUAGAUUCGCAUAAAGGGAACUUCUGGUGUGCGACAACAGGGAGCUAUGACAAGGACAAGAAAUGGAGCUACUGUGCUGAUACCAGACUUUCUGCCAAUUCUCAUGGGCCGUGCGUCUUUCCUUUCAUCUACAAAGGCAAAUCCUACUCAUUUUGCACAACAAGUGGGGCAUCUACUGGAAAGCUCUGGUGCUCCCUCACCAGCAAUUAUGAUACAAACCCCAAAUGGACUUACUGUGAUCCUUCAGAACCACGCCCUUGCACCUUCCCUUUCAUUUUCAAAGGGAAAUCCUACUCUGCCUGCACCAUGGAUGGAUCUGGUGAUAACACGCUGUGGUGUGCCACGACUGCGAACUAUGACAAGGACAGUAAUUGGAAGGCAUGUGCCCUUCAAGAAUAUGAAGGGAACUCCAAUGGCCAGGCCUGUGUCUUCCCCUUCACCUACAAGGGCCGGAAAUUCUUUACCUGCACCAAUGAGGAUUCUGAUCAUGGCAGGUUCUGGUGUGCAACAACAGGCAACUAUGAUAAGGGCAAGAAGUGGAGCUACUGCGCUGACAUAAGAGUUCAACCAGGUAGCGGCGAUGAAUGUCUGUGAUUUCAGUUAUCCAGUUUGGAUCACAACAGGUGGAUGGGUAAAAGAAAGGUCAUUGGGUGUGCCGACUAGAA